AUGCACAAAGCAGGCUGUGUAGAAAGAGGUGGUGUGUUGGACGUAGCAUUCAUACUGGAUGCUUCAGGUAGCGUUGGUGAUGGCAAUUUUGCUAAGAUGGUGAGCUUCACAAAGAAGAUGAUGGAUCGAUUUUCGGUGGCAACAAAUCGUGGAGAAGACAGGCGGUCUGCAUGGAGGCGACAGCAGCUGAGCAACAUGAGCAGUAGUGGCAGCAGUGACAGCGGCGGCGGCAGCAGCAGCAGGAGCAGCAGCAGCAGCAGCAGCAGCAGGAGCAGCAGCAGUAACAAUUGGAGAAACGACAGCUCUGGUACUGGCGUUGUGGGUCGGAGUCAAAGCCGAUUUGGAGUACUUCGCUACAACAAUAGUGCGAAUGUUGUGUUCGGCUUUGAUAUGUACUUGAAUCUAAGUUCAGUGCUGUCAGCUAUGGAUGGGAUGGCCAAGGUGACAAAAGGCUGUACCAACACAAGUGGUGCUCUAGAAGUAGCAGGAAUUGACUUAUUUGGCUUGUCAAUGAGCUGCACAUCUCUGGGUUGUCACCGCAAUUCUUCGUGCAGGUCUUAUUGCGGGAGUGCAUCCGGCAGCAGCGCAAGCAGCAGCAGCCGUGGCAGUGGAGGUGGAAGUAGUAGUCAGAAUGGCAGAGGAAGCAGCGGAAGCAGCAGUGGCAGCAGCAGCAGCAGCAGUGGCAGCAGCAGCAGUAGCGGCCGUGGCAGCAGCAGCAGCAGCAGCAGCAGCAGCCGUGGUAGCGGCAGCAGCAGCAGCAGCUCAGGGUCGUCAUCUUCUGGUGAUCGAGGACGAGGACGAGGAAGAAGGAGCAGCUCAAGCGGUGUCAGAAGACGAGAAGUUAUUGUGCUGUUGAGUGACGGAAACUCCAAUGUUGGUGGCAAUCCUUCGGCCUGCGCUUCUGAGCUGCGUGCUAAGAACAUCGAGGUGUUUGCAGUGGGCAUCGGUAACGGAAUAGACCGGUCAGAGUUGGAAAGCAUCGCAAGCCUGCCAUAUCCUAAGCACGUGUUAUCGGUGCAGAGUUUUGAUGCAUUGGAGGAGACUGUGCUGAAGAAACUGGAGCAAUUUGUGUGCCCAGUUCGUGGCUGGGAUGUAUGGAGUAGCUGGACGCAGUGCAGUUCCAGCUGUGGCGGCGGGAUACAGAGAAGAAGUCGAGAAUGCGGAAGCAAUGAGAGCAGUCUGUGUGUGGGAGAGAGCAGGCAACAGCGCAAGUGUGGCAGCGUAGCUUGUCCAUCAACUCGUAAGGAAGGAGGCUGUGUAGAAAGAGGUGGUGUGUUGGACGUAGCAUUCAUACUGGAUGCUUCAGGUAGCGUUGGUGAUGGCAAUUUUGCUAAGAUGGUGAGCUUCACAAAGAAGAUGAUGGAUCGAUUUUCGGUGGCAACAAAUCGUGGAGAAGACGGGCGGUCUGCAUGGAGGCGACAGCAGCUGAGCAACAUGAGCAGUAGUGGCAGCAGUGACAGCGGUGGCCGCAGCAGCAGCAGCAGCAGGAGCAGCAGCAGUAACAAUUGGAGAAACGACAGCUCUGGUACUGGCGCUGUGGGUCGGAGUCAAAGCCGAUUUGGAGUACUUCGCUACAACAAUAGUGCGAAUGUUGUGUUCGGCUUUGAUAUGUACUUGAAUCUAAGUUCAGUGCUGUCAGCUAUGGAUGGGAUGGCCAAGGUGACAAAAGGCUGUACCAACACAAGUGGUGCUCUAGAAGUAGCAGGAAUUGACUUAUUUGGCUUGUCAAUGAGCUGCACAUCUCUGGGUUGUCACCGCAAUUCUUCGUGCAGGUCUUAUUGCGGGAGUGCAUCCGGCAGCAGCGCAAGCAGCAGCAGCCGUGGCAGUGGAGGUGGAAGUAGUAGUCAGAAUGGCAGAGGAAGCAGCGGAAGCAGCAGUGGCAGCAGCAGCAGCAGCGGCAGCAGCAGCAGUAGCGGCCGUGGCAGCAGCAGCAGCAGCAGCAGCCGUGGUAGCGGCAGCAGCAGCAGCUCAGGGUCGUCAUCUUCUGGUGACCGAGGACGAGGAAAAAGGAGCAGCUCAAGCGGUGUCAGAAGACGAGAAGUUAUUGUGCUGUUGAGUGACGGAAACUCCAAUGUUGGUGGCAAUCCUUCGGCCUGCGCUUCUGAGCUGCGUGCUAAGAACAUCGAGGUGUUUGCAGUGGGCAUCGGUAACGGAAUAGACCGGUCAGAGUUGGAAAGCAUCGCAAGCCUGCCAUAUCCUAAGCACGUGUUAUCGGUGCAGAGUUUUGAUGCAUUGGAGGAGACUGUGCUGAAGAAACUGGAGCAAUUUGUGUGCCCAGUUCGUGGCUGGGAUGUAUGGAGUAGCUGGUCGCAGUGCAGUUCCAGCUGUGGCGGCGGGAUACAGAGAAGAAGUCGAGAAUGCGGAAGCAAUGAGAGCAGUCUGUGUGUGGGAGAGAGCAGGCAACAGCGCAAGUGUGGCAGCGUAGCUUGUCCAUCAACUCGUAAGGAAGGAGGCUGUGUAGAAAGAGGUGGUGUGUUGGACGUAGCAUUCAUACUGGAUGCUUCAGGUAGCGUUGGUGAUGGCAAUUUUGCUAAGAUGGUGAGCUUCACAAAGAAGAUGAUGGAUCGAUUUUCGGUGGCAACAAAUCGUGGAGAAGACGGGCGGUCUGCAUGGAGGCGACAGCAGCUGAACAACAUGAGCAGCAGUGGCAGCAGUGACAGCGGCGGCGGCAGCAGCAGCAGCAGCAGGAGCAGCAGCAGUAACAAUUGGAGAAACGACAGCUCUGGUCUUAUUGCGGGAGUGCAUCCGGCAGCAGCGGAAGCAGCAGCAGCCGUGGCAGUGGAGGUGGAAGUAGUAGUCAGAAUGGCAGAGGAAGCAGCGGAAGCAGCAGUGGCAGCAGCAGCAGCAGUGGCAGCAGCAGCAGCAGUAGCGGCCGUGGCAGCAGCAGCAGCAGCAGCAGCAGCCGUGGUAGCGGCAGCAGCAGCAGCAGCUCAGGGUCGUCAUCUUCUGGUGAUCGAGGACGAGGACGAGGAAGAAGGAGCAGCUCAAGCGGUGUCAGAAGACGAGAAGUUAUUGUGCUGUUGA